GUUGGAUUACUUUGUGAGUAAAAACCACUCACUUCCCUAAUCCCCUGAUCGUUCCAUCCAUUGAAGUAGGAAAAAAAAAAGAAACAAAAACUAAUACAGUAGCUUAAUAAGGAAGGUCUAGCAGCCAAUUAGUCCACUUAAUCACCCAUGGAUCGCGAUAUGUUGUCUUUGUUUGCUCCUUCCUUGCGACCUGGUUGAUCUGCACUUAUGCUAUACGCUGCUUCUCUCCCGAAACCAUGCGGCUGCUGCUGGUUCUGCCGAGAUGGAGCUGGGGCUCAAGCCCCAACGAGCCCCAACGAGCCCCAACGGUGAAUCCGCCCCUGCUAGUCGUAGCUAGCUAGCGAGUGAAUCAGUGGAGUGACGAGAGAUCUCGCGAUGGCGAAGGCGGUGGUGCUGCCGCUGGUUAGCAAGCUUCAGGAGGUGGCCCUGAGCGAGGGGAGGGCGCUGGUUGGCGUCGGCGGCGAGAUCAACCGCCUCCGCGACAAGCUCAUGUGGCUGAUGGCCUUCCUCCAGGAGGCGGACCCCCAGAGGCGGGCGGCCGACGCCGGCGGCGAGCUCAUGCGCGUGCUCGUGCACCAGACCCGCGACGCCGCGUUCAGCGCCGAGGACGCCCUCGACGACUACGCCGUCCGCGUCGACCUGUCCCGCUACCCCGGCUGGUCGCGCGCCGCCGUCGGCUUCCUCGCCGGCAUCACCACCCAGCUGCGCGUCCGCCACAGGCUCUCCAGCGACAUCGCGGCCAUCCAUGCCCGCUUUGAGGAGAUCGUCGGCAACAAGGACAAGUACAGGCUGGAGGGCUCUGCGCCCUCGUCGUUGCUGACGUGGACUGCCUCCGCCGCCUCCUCGAGUGAAUCAAUCCUCUGGGGUACAUCCAAGCCACCAAUUAUCGGGCGUGACGACCAGCAGCAGGAACUAGAGGCAAUGCUUCUCAGCUCCGCAGGAUGCCUCGCCGUAAUAUAUGUCGUCGGCGAUAGUGGUGUUGGUAAGACGAUCCUUGUAAACAGUGUCUGUUCAAAACCAUCUGUCAGAGAACACUUCAAAGAGCGAAUUGGAGUGAAGGUCGGAAAAGAUGCUGGUAUAUCCAACAUCCUGAGUUUGAUAAGCAAAGAACUGAAGAAAGAAAAUAACGAAAGUGACAAUGAGAAUCCUAGAAGCAAGAUACAAAGACGUCUUGGUGAAGAGUGCUACUUGAUCAUCAUCGAUGGCAGGCAGAUGUCCAUCGCUGACUGGAAUGCUGUGAUCCAUGCUCUUCCGAAGAACGAAAGAGGUAGUCGGGUAGUGCUCAUCACGAAAAUAAAACCACAGUUUCUAGACCACCCAAUGAAUGAUGUCCAUGAGAUAAAGCUGACAUGCCUCAAUCAAACGGACUGCAGGAAGCUGUUCCACAUGAGGCUCCAUGGCAAAGAGGAGGAUGAACAAAACCAAACCUACCUGCCAAUAUACUACCAGCGUGUGUAUGACAUUACCGGGGGCUCGCCAUUGGCAGUUAUCCUGCUUGCUGGACUCAUGCACAACAAGGAGUAUCCACAUGAAUGGGAUAGGGUGUUAAAAUACCUCGAGUCAGCCAAAGAGAAGCGGCUCAACAGGAUACUGUCCCUGAGCUUCGAUGACCUGCACCAUGAGCUCAAGCUCUGCUUCCUCUACUUCACAGCAUUCCCGGUCAGCUACAAGGUGUACCAGAACGUGCUUGUCAACUUGUGGGUAUCAGAGGGCUUUGUGGUGCCGCGGCACGGGAAGACGGUACAGCAACUGGGACAGCUAUACCUGAGGCAGCUUACCACUAGGGGACUAGUUACUGAAGCAUCAGCUGAUGGUGACUACGACAUCCGCCACUUUUUCCUCCAUGACAGUGUCUACUUGUUUGCACGGUCAGAGGCACAUGAGGCAAACUUCAUGGAGCUGCAUGAUGGUGACUACUUCCCAUCGCCGGACAGGGCUCGACGCCUCACACUACAUAACAGUAUGGACAGAUACGCGGCACUAGAUAACAAGAUGCCCAAGCUACGGUCCAUCUUUGCAAUCUUCGAAGAGAUACCAGCCAGCACAGCAGAAGAAAGUGUAUCAUCUCCUAGCUGCUUCCCCACCUGCUGUUCAUGCGAGCAGCACAGAUCACCGAAAAUUUCAAGAUUUGACCUCACCAAGCUGCUGAAAAGAUCCAAGUUCCUACGAGUAAUCAUGAUCGAAGGCCUGAAUAUCGGCACCGAGUUGCCUGAGGCAAUCGGAGGCAUGGUGCAUCUCCGUUACCUUAGCACGCGUUGCCGAUCUCUGAGGAGGAUCCACCCGUCGAUUGGGAAUCUCAAAAAUCUUCAAACAAUUGAUGUCAGACAAAGCUUAGUGCAUGAACUGCCGUGUUCCUUUUGGAAGAUCACAUCGCUAAGGCAUGUGUUUGGCUCUGAGCUGAUCGUGCCAAGAUGGACUCGUGAACUGAAACAGCUAAAUACACUCAAGUCGGUGAGAGCAUUGCAGGAUUGGGAUGGCUCUAUGUUGAGAAGAAUGGUUAACCUCAAGUUACUGGAUGUGACUAUCCAAGAGAAGCUCAAAGAGGAGAAGGCGCGCAAGUUAUCAGACAACCUUAACAAUCUCAACAACCUUACUACACUGAUCUUGAAAGGAGUUGACCUCCCAAUCUCUAGCAUUUUUACGGCACCUUCCCUGCAAUUCCUCAAGACUAUAGAACUAACCGGAACCAUCCUGCUCACAACUCCAUCACCAGAAAUAGACAAGAUGACCACUUCACCUUCUGAUUUCCAGCUGCCGAACUUGAGCAAAUUGUCAUUGUCAAAGACGUGUCUGCAACAAGGGUUCAUUGGAAAGCUAGGCAAGCUGCCCCUUCUUUCCAAUCUCACACUCAAGGAUGUUUCUUGUGACGGAGAAGAGCUUGUUUUCAGGCCUGAUGGGUUUCAUUGCUUGAAAAAAUUGGAAGUAAACGACACGUCCAAACGUGUUGUGAUAGAGGAGCAUGCUUUGCCUGUAUUGGUCUCUUUGCAUAUCAUUGGGAACAGUAGAAAUUACCAACACUCGAUCCAUCCUACUCACAAGAUUAUCAACAAGAUUAGACAUGAGGACAUAAAUCUUUUUCAGCGUAUCUGCACUUGUCAUCAGAAAGAGAUAACCAAAGGCUAACAAGCAUAUAUCCUUUGUUAGGAAGAGUCCUUCGAAGUGAAAGUUGUACGAUGUCAUCGACGAAGAGUCAGUUUCCUCUUCAAAAUGUCAUCGACAAUCAUAAACCAAUUCUGCAAUAUGACAUUGCGAAAGUGAUUUCCUUCUGUUUGCAAUUUUUACACAAUGCGCAAAUUACCUGUAAGUAGACUUGUACUUCGUUUUCUUGUUUUCGUUUUUCUCAGGAGUCGGGUGUUGACGUGUUGUAGUUCGUCAUUAAUUUCGUUUCCUUGUGCGCGGAAAUGCGACCCGCCUCCUGGAUCAUUCUGUACUAUUGCAACUUACACAACCACUGAAUAAACUCGAUUAGUGAUCA